AUGAGACUGACUCUACCGUCUAGUAAUGAUGUACCAUUCCAGGUAUCAGUGGCAUCCAAGUCCACUGGCUACUACGUGGCAUUGCAGCAUGCGUCUCGAUCUGGAUAUAAGAUUAAAGUCACCGCCUUGGAUCUAGCCAAGGGUAAGCAGACUGGGAGCCAAUAUACCCUGAACUCGGAUACAGAAGUGUUCGGGCCUGAAUCGAUUCUUCUUGUUGGCAGAAACGCCGCUGCACCCUUGAUUGCUUGGACAGACAAGGCCAAUACCGUUCUCAAGAUUAACGUACUGGGGUCUAAUACCAUUGAGUCCAUCAAGGUAGAGCACGAAGGGGUUCGUCAUAUUAAAAUUCACGUAUCUCAGAGCUCAAGCGGCCCAGCACAUUUCCUCGUGGAAUACCGCACUGACUCAGCAUCAUGGGCUGAUGUUUACCAUAUCAACAUUAAAACCACAAGCAUCACAAAAGCCUACAGCCUUCCAAAGAUCCAGGGGCACUCAGUCAUCACAGCCGGCACUAACACGAACAACGAAAACCUCUACUUUACACGGAUCACUCCAACUGAGGUCAUUAUCUACUCAUCUGUGUCUGACAAGGCCCAGGGAACCUGGAAGACCAGUGAGGUAUUGCCAGAGAAAUCUCAAAAUGCCGUUUCAGAGGUUGUUGCACUUGAAUCAGGUGUUUCCGUUCGAUUCGCCCAGGUCGAAGAGUCAGGAGAUUGGUCCUUGGUUCUAAACGGAAAGCUACAGUGGACUAGACCUGAGUCUCUCACGGAAGCUAUUGCUGCUGCAUGGACCGACCUGAACGAUGGUGUGACCCUUGCCCGCGAGCUCGAGGUUGAAGGCCACCAGAGUGUACCCAUGGCCUACGCUCAUCGUUUGAUCCGACAUCUCAAGGCCAUCCAGCAAGGUUUCCCUGACUGGUUGAUGGAGAUGCCCAUGAGAGUCUUGACCAGCUUCAUGCCAAGUGAUAUCAGCGACCUAAUCCAAUUCGGCCUGGGACAACAGAUUAUCCUAGCAACCAGGACUGGGCGAGUUGCAGCCCUUGAUUCAGGCCGUCACGGAAAAGUUAUGUGGAACAUCAAGGCUGUGGAGAAUGAUCUUGAUUGGGGCGUGAAAGCUAUCACCACUCAGUUGGGGCUUGCAACCGUCCAUGUCGAUGACGGCAGCACUCUCCAAGUAAACAUCACCACGGGUGAGGUUACCAGCCGGACACCCCCAACGCAAAAAGUUGCAUCUAUCGCAUUUGUUCCAGACGGCGCUGCAGAUUUCAAGGUUGGAGUUGAGGAACAUGGCGUACCGACUGAAUCUGCCUAUGUCAAUGGAAUCGAUGCCUUCCUCGUCACUCGGAGUGGUGACAAGCGGAUCCUAGGUUGGAAUACCAGCAAAUCAAAGGCCCCAAUGUGGGAGUUCACUGUCCCUGAGGGGCAAAAAAUUAUCCAUGCUACUGCACGACCGGCUCACGACCCCGUUGCGUCGGUAGGCAAGGUCCUAGGCGACAGAUCCGUUCUUUACAAGUACCUGAACCACAAUCUCGCCCUCAUUACGGCAACUGGCGAGUCCACUGUGGACUUCUACCUUCUUGAUGGCGUAUCCGGUCAGAUCUUGCAUACAGCAAGGUACACGAAUGUUGAUAUCACUCAGCCCAUCGCCUCAGUUAUCUCCGAGAACUGGUUUGCCUAUUCUUUCUGGGCAGACACAAGUGAAGUAUCGGCUGCAAAGGGAUAUCAGCUUAUAGUAUCUGAACUAUAUGAAUCGUCUACUCCCAAUGACCGUGGUGUUCUCGGCGACGCAGCCAACUAUUCUAGUAUCACCAACAUCACCAUGCCGCAUGUCAUAUCACAAGCGUACAUGAUCCCCGAAGCCAUUUCGAAUAUGGCAGUCACCCAAACUCGCCAGGGAAUAUCCAUCAGACAGCUCCUAUGCACCCUCCCAGCGUCACGCAGCAUCGUUGGAAUCCCACGACCCAUCCUCGAUCCCCGCCGCCCCGUGGGCCGUGAUCCUACUGCCCAAGAAGCUGAAGAAGGUCUAAUGAAAUAUAAUCCGAACCUCGAGUUUGAUCCUAAAUGGCACCUUACACAUUCUCGGGAUGUGAUGGGCAUCCAGCACGUCGAAUCCAGCCCGACGCUACUUGAGAGUACGACGUUGAUAUUCUCGUAUGGAUUUGAUAUCUUCGGAACCCGACUUGCGCCAAGCCAGCCAUUCGAUAUCCUUGAUAAGGGGUUCUCAAAGAUCCAGCUUCUGCUUACUGUUGUUGCGUUGAUGGCUGGCGUCAGCGCCCUUGCUCCCUUGGCCCGAAGUAAACAAGUGAACCUUCAGUGGAAAUCAUCCUAG